CUACGUACGAGUUCGACAACCUCAGCCAUAUCAGCCACAGCGUCCACAUUACUCGACUCUAUUACUUUGGGUCUCCUCAUUGACAUUGACCUUGUUUUAGAAAGGAAAGGUCAUCUUGCAUCAUCUCCUCUGUUCGCGUAAAAAAAAAAAAUACCACGACCCGUUCCGAACCAAGCCCAAUUUUUUUUGAAGCGAAACUGCAUAGCGCAUGGAAUAAAAAUACAACGCAUCGUUAGAACAGAUGCCAUUUCCGCGUUUUCGUCCCUCAAAAGACUCUGCGGCGGCAAUAACGUUGGGCUCCGUCGACGACACGGCAUCCAGUAGGACUAACACUACUGCAAGUACGCCCAGUAGCGGUACUACAACAACUACAAGCUCGCGCAAGAAGAAAGGAUCUGGCUUCUUCGGAAACAAGGGAAAGACAUCCACCGCAGCACUCUUUCCUUCGAUUCCUUGCGAGGAAAAGACAGAAUUACGACUCAGCAGAAUCAUGAAGUCUACAGGAAAGUCCCCUAUACUACGCACUAAAGCAAAAGCGGAUGACCCCACGAUUAGCACCAUUGCGAGUGCGACCAGCAAUAAGUCUUGGUCUACUCUCGGGAACUCCACCACCACAUCCCUUACCGAUUGCAACCAGAUGCUUGCCUUGGCGCAACCUGGCGUGUCUUUGACGUCGAUUCCGUGUUUGGAAUCGCCUCCUUCGUUGCUUGCAAAUCGCCCUGCUAGUCUGCUUCAUAUGCCUCUGCCUACUUCUAACAGUAGCUUCGAUGUGCCAUCGUACGUGCUCGAGCCUCACGAACAUGAGGAACUUGGAUGCCUGCGAUUCGCCUUUAACUCUCUUGCGUCAGCUACCGCAAGCGCAUUGAACAAUGCCUCCAACAAGCCUAUUCUGAUGAUCGAAGCCGAAAUUCCUGGUGACCGCCAAGCUGGAUACGAUAUUUUUUCGCAUCCACUUAUAGUGGAAGCUGCGACGUCUUUUUUCACCACCGUUUUUCCUCCCGAAGUUUCUUGGAAUCAGCCAGAACGGACGGCGACGCAAAAAUCAUGUCGGACUUGGGUCUACUUUUUGUCUAGUCAGGACACGUCUGUCAAUCUAGUUCCACCCGUCCGCGGCGAUGAAUUAACACUGGGUUGUACCGUUAAAGCAAUGGUACGAGCUCUACAAGCAUCGAACGCAACGAUUGUACCAAACUAUCUCCUGUUGCUUCUGGAGGAGUCCGCUGCGGACCAGAGUGUCGCAGUUUUGGGGACUACAAAUCCGGCUGUCGCGGAAGUCGAAUUGGCAGGCCUAGAAGGGGUGACCGCGACACAAGCCGGUGCUAUUGAUCGCCACAAGAUCGUGAAGGUCCAUUACGAUACCUCUCGACUGGGAUAUUGCAGUUUGAUUCGAUACGCUCUACAGAAGCACGUGGUCGAUAUGAUCUACUUCGAUUCCAAUGAACAAAAACAAGCCGCUCAGGUCGAGAUUGCUCGUGUCCAACGUGAUGAUUGCAAGUUGUUUCCGUUUGCGCGCACGAUGCAGCUAGAUUACGACCCCAAGCCGGCCCUCCGUCGCACGCCUUUGCGCUAUGUACCAUUAACAAACCUACAAGCGACCCGAGCAAAUCGGGUAGUUUCUCAAGGCGCCUUCGAUCAAGCCAUGCACUUGCUCAGUCCGCAGCAGGGAUUAAUUCUGAUGCAGGCUAUGCGCAACCCGAAAACUUUGCAUGAAGUUGUUGAUGUGCCCAUUCUAGUAGCAUGGCAAUCUGUGUGUACGCAAAAACAUCCCAAACAUAUAUUGGAGAACCAAGAAAGGACGAGCGAGGAAGUUGUUCAAAAUCCUGACGAAGAGGUGGAGGUGAAGCGAUAUUUCAGAUAG